AUGUUUGGUUGCACUGAUGUUGCUGUUUGGCUGCAGCAACAUCGGGUAAAGGAGGGGUUGGAACUUACAUUGCUGUUGCAGUCUUUUCUUGCUGGUGAAGCAGCAUCGGGCGCGCUGACAUCCACUCUGAGGUUAAUUACAAAAGCUGCAUUUGAAAAUUCUCAGGAGGGUCUUCGCAAUGGAGCGAUUCUCUUCUUUUCUAUAUCAACAUUCUUUGUGCUUCUUUGUGUUGUUCUCUAUGGAUUUGUGUAUCCUAAAUUACCAAUUGUGAAGUACUAUCGAUCUAAAGCAGCAUCUGAAGGGUCCAAAACGGUUUCUUUUGACCUUGCUGCAGCUGGCAUCCGUUCGGAAACCGAAGAAUCAAGACAGUUUGAGCGCAAAGAAAAUAAAGAAUUGUUACGGGAAAACAUUGAUUAUGCACUUAAUUUGUUUGUGAUAUAUGGGUUGACAUUGUCCAUAUUCCCUGGAUUCUUAUCAGAAGAUACCGGAAAACACAGUUUAGGCACAUGGUAUGCUCUUGUGUUAAUUACAAUGUACAAUGUGUGGGAUCUUAUCGGAAGAUACAUUCCACUGAUUAAAAUCCUGAAUUUGGAGUCGAGAAAAUUGAUCACUACCGCAUCCAUUUCUCGAUUUUUAUUUAUUCCAGCAUUUUAUUUCACGGCUAAGUAUGGUACUCAGGGUUGGAUGAUAAUGUUGACAUCUUUUCUGGGAUUGUCAAAUGGUUACCUCACUGUUUGUGUUCUCACUUCUGCACCCAAAGGUUACAAGGGACCUGAACACAAUGCCUUGGGAAAUAUCUUGGUAUUGUUUAUUCUUGGAGGUAUUUUUGCUGGGGUAACACUUGACUGGUUGUGGUUAAUAGGCAAAGGAUGGUAAGAUUUUGAUCAAGCUAAAUUAUGGAAAUCAGAGGCCUUACUCACAAACAAAAUGCAGAAUGGAUAGGUUUUGAUCAAUCACGAAACAAAAGAAAUUCAAGCUAAACCAUGUAUACAUUUAGUGCAUCAACAUAUUAAAGUCAUGUGAUAAAUUGCAGAAUGACAAGAAAACACAAACAAUUAUCCUUCCCCCAAAAACUUGGUAUAUGUAAAACAUCUCUCUCCCACUGAGUGCCUGGUAAAAUUGUGUAAUGUAAGUCUUAAAACGAGUGGUGUCAAUUCAUGAUAAAGCUCAAUGUUUGUUCAUAAAUUUGUGUAAUUAAUGUGUACAUUUGUAGUAUAUGUUAUGACUUGUAAAUGUGUACAUAAAUUUGUAUAUAUUUUGAUACAUUUAAGGCAAAAUUGGUUUGAAUUGGUAUA